AUGAUGAUGAUUCCUCCUUCACGCCAGAGCCAUGGCAUGCCUGGGCUCUUGUUUCUGCUUCUGGCAGCGACCGUCAAGGCGCAAACCACCUUGUCCAUCCAUGGCAGCGGAACAACCAACCCUGCUCAAUGCUACUGGUCUGUCAUGGAGAAAAUGGAGACACGCGCCAAGAUCCCUGUGCAGAUGACGUACCGUGCCAUUGGGUCCUCUUCAGGUCAAGCUGAAUUCUCCGAGUCGGAUCCCAUCGUUUCCCAUUUUGGUUCCGGUGACAUCCCCCUCAGGAUGGAUAGGUAUCAGGAUUUGUCGGCAGCCGAAACGGUGUUGCAAUUGCCAGUGUUCGUGGGGGCGGUAUCCUUUUAUCACUCUCUUCCAAACACUCCAGCACUCAAUCUAACAGCCUGUGCUUUGGCCAGGAUCUUUACUGGAGAAAUCACAUCAUGGGUGGACAACGACAUUAAAGAAUUGAACCCAAACCUUGACGUGUCGGGCGAUGUGCCCGUUCGAGUGGCCCGCAGGGUGGAUGGCAGCGGUUCGACAUCUCUUGUCACAAAUUAUCUCGCUGCAGCUUGUCCGGAUGUCUGGUCUGUGAACAAUGUGGGCUCCAUGGUGGCAUGGCAUGACUCAUCCCUGGAAUGCCAGGGGUCUGGUGGUAUGGUCGAUUGUAUCGAGGAAGAACCAGGAACCAUUGGAUAUUUGGCCGUUGGCCAGGGUCGAAGCGCUGGAUUGGUGGAAGUUGCGGUAGAAAACAGCUUUGGGACUCGUCUCACGUCGAUCCAGUCUCAAGCUCGUGGCGGGAUUGCGGGGGCUGCUGACACCAUUGGCCUCCUCCCCAGCUCAGCCGCAGAUGACUUUAGCAGCGUCUCCUUGCUAAACCAGCCUGGUGAAUUCACCUGGCCAAUGGCGGCUCUCACGUACAUUUACGUUCGCCAGGACCUUACCAGCUUCCUUGACAAUCCACAGGACCAGGCCUUGCUCAAGGCAUUCUUGGAAGCUCUCUAUAGGGACGAUUACGUCGAACAGUGCGUAGAAAACUACGCCUUUGUCAAGGUGGAUGGAGCUGCGCUUCGGCUGGCCAAUGAUGCUAUCGAUUCGUUGAUCAUGGAUCCAUCGGCUACACCAUUCACCUUUGAAACAUUCACGGACCUCGUUGAUGGCAUGGGAGACUACGUGUUCUCCAUCAAACGAAAAUCUGGGACAGAAGUGGAAAUUGAAGCUCUGACAAGGGCGGACGACCAUCUCCUUGAGUUACUGGAACGUCAGAACGCAAGAAUUGCGCUGCUGGAGAGCAUGUUGGAAGAGACGGUAGCAGCAAUCAACAAGAAAGAACAAUUUGAGAAGGAAAAAGGGUUCCGUGGCAGUAAAACAGAAUAUCCUUAG